AUGACGAUUUCCACCCGUGCCACGACAAACCUGGGUCGUUUAAUCAGAAAAACCUUUUUGGGGCCAUCUUUCCGUCGGUCGCUUCAGAAUUUCCGAGAGCAGAGAAUAGAUGGUUCAAGUCUGCCAUUGUUGACUGAAGACCACCUGACCACAAGACUAGGCAUGAGGCUCGGUCCAGCACUCAGGCUGAGGUCACUCCUGUCUUCUAGACUUGGCCAAUGUCCGUCCUGCCUCCACUGUGUCCACUGCCAUCAGCCGCCCGACAAAUGACCUCUCUGGUCUCUCCAAGUUUUGGCCUUCUGAUGGAAAUGACCUCGAAGAUGUCGUACUUUAAUUCCAAUCAACGGCAGGUGUCUGACGUGAGAUAAUACUGCCAAUAUCCACGGGCUGAGGAAUAAUCUCAGUCGAAUUCCCACAUAUGUACCUCAUUAAUCCCAAAACAUAGAAUAUUAAAGUUAAAUAUAAGAGAUAAUGUGUUGAAACAUCUAAGUCUUGGUGCGCAAUACCCAUAAUGAAGAAAAUAAUGUAGUUUAAUUAGAAGAUUGGCAACUGGAGGAAUCUCUAUAUACUUAUACAAAGAAAAAAAAUGUUUAAAACUCAGAAUAUGGAUUAGCGGAAUUGAUUAUAACAAAAAACAAAUUUUUUAGAUGAAAAAAUGAAAGAAGGUUUUGGGCAAAUGUUGUGGGAUUCAAGAAUUGUGUAAAAUAUAAUUCUGUUUGGUGUUGUAGAGAAAGGAAAGAUAUAUUAUUUCUUUACUUAAAUAUAAUUUAUGAACAUUUCAACAAGAAGUGUCGUUCGUUGGUUUUGAACGAACUCUAAAAUGUCAAGAUAUUGAUCUUCAACUUCAUCUUCGACAUGAUAGCUAAUUUUAAUUUACUGUUUCAGAGAAUUUGAUUCGUUUCUAUUAUAAAAUAUUAUAACAAGUCCAAAGAGAAGGAAAAAAUGUGAUAAAUCAGAUUAAUCAAGAAAGAAGAAUUCAUCAUUACAAAUUAUUUUGUUGUUUCCGUUGCUAAUCUAAACAAUUAUUCAGUAUAUGUGUUUAAAAAAUAUUGUUAUUAUUGCAUUUAAUUUUUAUCAGUUAAUAUAUGUUGUUGUUUUUCCACUGGCAAAGAUUUAAAAAGAUAUUUUGUUUUGUUCUUUAUAUUCUCAAAAAAGAGGCUAUUGUAUUCAGGUUCAUUUAUACUAAUUUUAAACUACUAAUAAUGAUAAAACUAAAAUUAAUGUGCAGUAAAUGUUGCAAUGAAUUAUUUAUAAAUUGCAGAAACUUGGUAGAUUAUGUUAUUAAUGUACAAUGUUACAUAUUAAUAUGUAUAAAUUUUAAAAUUGGAAUAUAAAUUCAAUUGUAGCGUUAUUGAAAUAAUAAAAAAAUAUUUUAUUUUUAAUUUACCAGCCAUCGGAAAGGCAUAUAUAGUGUAUUUAGAGUAACAAUUUUUUUUUUCUCUAUAGAAACAGUAUUUUAUAGAAUUUGUUAGUACAAUUUUCUUUUAUAUUUUAUACUAUUUUUGUUUUUAGUUGCAUUUAUAAAAAAAUAAAAAUAUUAUAAAUAAAUAAACUUUAAUUAUCGAUCAUUGUUUAAGAGAGAUGAAAAACUGUAUAUUUUAUAUAUUCUUUAUAUUUACUCACGGUCGGAAUAUUUAAUCAGUACUUUAUUGGUGCUUACGAUUCCGAUAGACUAAAAUGUCAAUUAAUCACUGUGCCUAAUUCCAUUAAAUUUAUUAAUAACAAAAUUUAUUUUUAAAAAAUGUGAUAGGUAUUGAAUUGUUUGUAUGAUCUCUUCUACUUAAUGAAUGUUCAGUAAAAAGCAAAAUAAAAAAAAGACUACGAAAUGUAGAAGUGCUGGUGAAAAAGAGAGCUCAAUAAUUGUAAAUAUUAGUUUAAUAAUAAAUUAAUAUUCCAGAGUUUAUUAGUUUAUUUUAUUGCGGUGCGUGAAACACAAGUGCAAUAGUGAGGAAAAAUUUCCCUUUGUUUUAUAUUGUACAUAGACUCUACAAAUAUUGUACUUGACUUAGGGAAACUGAAGACAACGAUUUCUGUGAUAGGUUUCUUCCAGUGCCUUUGUUAAAUGUCUCAUUUUUCCUUUUUACUUAAAUCUGUAAUAUUUUCAUUGUUGAAAAUAGUGUAAAUGCAGGGGUUUGCAGUAUUUUUAGGAAUUAAUUGAGGACCAUAUUUUACUUACAUUGUAAAUAUUUUGUUAAAGAUAUACCUUGAUAAAUAUAUAGUCAUAUAUGUUAUUA